AUGCGUCUGCUCACAAAACGGGCGCAGCUGUGGUCGGAGAUGAUGCCGGACAUGACGGUGAUACACGGGGAGCGAAAGACCGUGGAUGAUAUGCUACACUGUGGAGCAAACGAAUAUCCCGUGGUCCUGCAGCUGGGAGGGAACAAUCCUGAGACUCUCAAGGAGGCCGCUGUAAUCGCAGUGCCAUACGGGUACGACGAGGUUAACCUCAACGCAGGCUGCCCCUCCGCGAGGGUGUCAGGAAAAGGGUGCUUCGGGGCGGCGUUGAUGAACGACGCCGGCCUGGUGAGGGACAUACUGCGCGAACUAAGGAAGACGCUCAAGGUACCAGUCACGGUGAAGCACAGACUGGGAGUGGAUCACAACGACAGCUACGAGUUUGUGCGUGAUUUCGUCACCACGGUUGCCGAAUCGGGAUGCGAUCACUUCAUAGUUCACGCCAGAAAAGCGUGGCUUAACGGGAUCAACCCGAAGAAAAACCGCUCAAUACCGCCGCUUGACCACGAACGUGUCUACAGGCUGUGCCAGGACUUCCCUCAUCUCAACUUCAGCCUAAAUGGAGGCGUCAAAUCGCUUAAGGAAAUAAAGGACGCGCUGGGUAGAGGCGCCUACGGAGUAAUGGUCGGUCGCAUGGCGUACGACAACCCGUGCGAGCUGGCCAGGGUGGACACGGACAUCUACGGAGAGGCCGAAAAUCCAGCCACCUGCAAGACACGGCGGACGCUCCUAGAGGCCUACGCGGACUUCGUGGAUGCCACCGCUGACAGGAACGCGGACAUGCACGUCUGCAUGAUCGUGAAGCCCAUACUGGGCACCUUCUACGGAGAGCACGGCACCCGUACCUUCAGGCAGGCGCUUUCCGACAUGUCCGCAUACGAGGAACUAAACUUCCACAAGGGCAAGACGAAGCACGCGCAGUACAUACAUCGCGCUAUAGAAAUCAUGGAGGUCGUGAACCCCGACGCCCUCGAUCGCAAUCUUCACUGA